UUUGACACCGCUAGAAUCGAAGAAAAAAUACCAAAGACAAAAUAAGCGAAGAAUAGUUUUUCAACGAGAAUUUUCAAAAAAUAACUAAAUGAUUGUAUAAAACGCCAUGAGUAGUCGGUAAUAUCAAAGGCAUAUAUUAUGGCUCGAUAUAAAUCUGUGUAAAAAAUAUAAAAGGGUAAUAAUCAGUGGGUGUCCGACUUGAGACCAUUGAAGAGCUACAACAAUCUUAGAAAACAAACUGUAAAUGUUACAACCUACAAGGCUGGAUUAUUACCAAGAAGCUGUUUUUCAUUGAGAGAAACAUCGUCUAGUUGUUGAGUUCUGCAAUUUUUAAAUAUUCUACACUCCUCCGCCAAAUAAUCAUAUUCUAGUACCGUUCAGACGCCCCACCCCCACCCAAAUAAUAAAUACAUAUGUACAUAGGCGACGGCGACGUUGGGUUAAGCCUACAAGCGAUGACAAAAUUUGGUGACUGAACCACUAAUCACGUGUGAAUAAAGAGAAGACGCCACGUAUAUGUCCAGUGGAAUUCGUUGACAUCAAAAAAGAGAACAAGAAAGACAUUGAUUGCAUUUAUUAGUCCAGAAUACUUCUAUUAAGAUAUAACUUUAAAAAGAAAAUCGAAAACUUAUUUAAAUCCUUAGUAUUACGAACACAUCUGAAAUACUACCACAACAACUACAUAAAGCUACAGAUUACACAUUAAAAUGGGUAAUAAAAAUUCAUGUUGUGCCUACUCGAGUCCACAAUCGGACCGAAAGUCCAAAGAUAUACCGCCCGUCUAUGAGGAACGUCAUCAUAUACACCAACACACCUCGCAACAUCAUCUAACAGAUGGUGUAGUUCACACAGCAUCUACCGCUGCCAUACACCACAAUCCAGAAAUGGUGGACAAUUCACAAACUCUACAGCAUAUAUCAGAGCGCGAGGCGACAGAGGGAGAAGAAGACCCUUCUGUUGACCCUACCGCAGCCACAAUGUUUCUCGAACGCUCAAAAGUGGAAAACGGGGGCAUUACACGCAAACGAUCUCAGCACCAAAUAGCACAGCACAAUUCUUCCGGUGGCUUGAAAAAGUCUUCUUCGUGUUCCACGAUAUACUUGGAUGACAGUACAGUGUCCCAACCGAAUUUAAAGAACACCGUCAAAUGUGUUUCUCUAGCCAUUUAUUAUCACAUAAAAAAUCGUCAAUUUGACAGACGUCUAGAUAUUUUUGAUGAGAAACUACAUCCCUUGACACAUGAUCCCGUUCCCAAUGAUUAUGAUUCGCACAAUCCCGAACACAGACAAAUAUAUAAGUUUGUACGUACUCUAUUCAAUGCGGCCCAGUUAACUGCUGAGUGUGCCAUCAUAACUCUAGUCUACUUGGAACGUCUGUUAACUUAUGCAGAACUGGAUAUAGCUCCUUGCAAUUGGAAGCGCAUGGUUUUGGGCGCCAUUCUGCUGGCCUCCAAGGUAUGGGAUGAUCAAGCGGUAUGGAACGUAGACUACUGUCAAAUCCUUAAAGACAUUACCGUGGAGGAUAUGAAUGAGCUGGAAAGGCAAUUCUUAGAACUUUUGCAAUUUAACAUCAAUGUUCCAUCAUCAGUAUAUGCCAAGUACUACUUUGACUUGCGAACUCUGGCCGAAGCCAAUGAACUGUCAUUUCCCACUGAGCCUCUGUCCAAAGAGAGGGCACAGAAACUGGAAGCAAUGUCACGAGUAAUGCAAGAUAAGGUUACAGCAGAAGCUUUGAAGAAUGGCAUUAAGAAAUGGUCGUCUAUGGACAACAUAAGCCAAGGUGGACCUAGGCGUAGUGUAGCUAUUUUAUCGUGAUUUUUAUUAGUCUAUUAAGAUGUUCGACAAUGGUUUUGAUGCAACAUUUGAGGUUUGCAAACUAUUUGAAAAUGAAACGGAAACUAAUUGCCAAAAUUAAAUAUUCUUUUUUUGUGUGCACAUAACAAUUUUCUUCGAUAUUAAAGCGUUUGCUUAGCAAAAUGCUGCUGAACACAAAACUGAAUAUUAUUAAUACGUAUUAAUUCAAUAGCGAAACGUUUUAAAGUAGAGAAGUACACAUGAAAUUACUAUCAAAUACAAAGAACUCCAAUUAUCAGCUACUACAACUGAACAACAAACGCAAUUUUGAAACUAGAUUUUAAACCCAAAAAUAAACGAAACUAAUUCGUUUAAAUAUUUUUAUGGAUCAUUGAUUUGGCUGCUAUAAGAAAAUAAUUAAAUUAUGAAACCAUUUUCUUUUAAUGUUUGUUUUUAUUUUUAUUCUUUUUUUUUUUUUUUUUUUGCAUGUUAAAUAUUGUAUUUGUAUAUUGAGCAGAUAAACUAAAGCAAAACUUUUGUAAUGAAUUUAUGUGAUGUUUAAUUUAUGUUUAAUUAAAUUUCUGAAACUUCCUCUUGUUUAUAAAUACGUUUUUAUUGUAUUGCAAUUUUAUACUGUAAGAAUCCGGAUUCCUUAAAUAAACGAAUGGAUUAGAAGGUAUAGGAAUAUGUAGAAAUACAAUGGCGUAGUAGGUAUGUGACAAUAGAAAAUUGCAAACAUUUUAACUAUGAUAUGAAGUUGAUACACGAGUAUAAGUUUAUUUUAAACUUACAACCAGCGUGAUAAACAAAAAAUUUACGCCGUUGCAAUAGGAAUGAUAAAAUUUAAUUUUAAACUGCUUAAGGAUUACUAACUAUAAAAGGUGACACAAGAAUUUUAAAUACCAAAUACUGAUAUAAAACCAGAUAUAAACGACCAGGAGCAUUAUGUGAAGUACGUAGAAGCACGUUUGUAGUCUUAGUUUUUUAAACUUUCGGAAGUGGAAUAUAUUGAAGAGAUAACAAUGGGAGAAGCCAAUAACUUGUAAGUGGUAAUCACAAUAAUUACCCAAUUGUCAAAAACAUAUAAUUUUAUAUUUUUUAUACAUAAUUCUAGCAACAAAUACAAGACGUUUUAUUGCGCGACAUGAUGAUACGUUGUAGAUAAUUUUUGUUUACUUUUUUCCAAAUUUUCGUUUUGUUCUAACUAAGCACUAAUUUCAUACGUACAUAUGUACUAUGUCGUCAAAAUAUCCAUCAUUGUAAGUCAUAAGUAAUAAAUCAAAUCUUGCAUACUGCAUACCCGACGUAAUUUACGUAUUCAAUAAAUUUAAAUAUUUUACAAUGAAAACAAAACAAUAAAUAAUAUAAAACAAAAAUCAAUUUCAAAUAUCAA